GGGCUUCACUCUCCGCUUGAGCCAGGACCUGGAGUGCCGUGGGGAGAGCUGACCGUGGAGAGGGCGCUGCGCUCGGGCUACCCAAUGCGUGGACUAUCUGCCGCCGCCGCUCGUGCUAAAUGCUGGAGCUCCAGAACAGCUAAACGGAGUCGCCACACCGCUGCCUGGGCUGGAUCGCAGCGUUGCCUUUCCUUAUGAAGAAGACACAAACUUGGAUUAUCACUUGCAUUUAUCUUCAACUGCUCCUAUUUAAUCCUCUUGUCAAAACUAAAAGUAUCUGCGAGAAUCGUGUGACUGAUAAUGUAAAAGACGUCACAAAAUUGGUGGCAAAUCUUCCAAAAGACUAUAUGAUAUCCCUCAAAUAUGUCCCCGGGAUGGACGUUUUGCCUAGUCAUUGUUGGAUAAGUGAGAUGGCAAAACAAUUGACAGUCAGCUUGACUCAUCUUCUGGACAAGUUUUCAAAUAUUUCCGAAGGUUUGAGUAAUUAUUCUAUCAUACAAAAACUUGUGAAAAUAGUGGAUGAUUUUGUGGAGUGCAUGGAGGAAAACACACCUAAGAAUGUAAAAAAAUUAUCUAAGAGCCCAGAAUCCAGGCUCUUUUCUCCUGAAGAGUUCUUUGGAAUUUUUAAUAGAUCCAUCGAUGCCUUCAAGAACUUUGUGGUCACAUCUGAAACUAGAGAUUGUGUGAUUUCUUCAACAUUAAGUCCUGAGAAAGAUUCCAGAGUCAGUGUCACAAAACCAUUUAUGUUACCCCCUGUUGCAGCCAGCUCCCUUAGGAAUGACAGCAGUAGCAGUAAUAGAAAAGCCGCAAAUUCCACUGAAGACUCCAACCUGCAAUGGGCAGCCAUGGCACUGCCAGCAUUCCUCUCUCUAGUAAUUGGUUUUGGUUUUGGAGCCUUAUACUGGAAGAAGAAACAACCAAAUCUUACAAGGGCAGUUGAAAAUAUACAGAUUAAUGAAGAGGAUAAUGAGAUAAGUAUGUUGCAAGAAAAAGAGAGAGAAUUUCAAGAGGUGUAACUGUGGUUUGUAUCAACACUGUUACUUUCACACAUUGGCUGGUAACAGUUCAUGUUUGCUUCAUAAAUGAAGCAGCUUUAAACAAAUUCAUAUUCUGUCUGGAGUGACAGACUGCAUCUUUAUCUGUUCUUGCUACCCAUGACUUUUUAUGGAUGAUUCAGAAAUUGGAACAGAGUGUUUUACUGUGAAACUGGCACUGAAUUAAUCAUCUAUAAAGAAGAACUUGCAUGGAACAGGACUCUAUUUUAAGGACCUGGGGGACUUGUGGUCUCAUUUAGAACUUGCAGCUGAUGUUGGGAGUGAAAGCAUGUGUCCUAGACUAUACACCCAUUUGCACAGUUCCAGAAGUGUCUACGUGCUGACAGACAAACCACAUAGCUUUUAUUCUUCAGUUACAAUCUGCAGCCUAUAGUAAUCCUAGUCUCUGCAAGUAGAUUUCAGCAUGGAUAUUGGGGGUGAUCAUCUUUCUCAAAGGGAUCUAAAAACUACAAAAUUGAGAAAACAGACUCAGUAGCAUCAGCCACUGCACAGUGUAGAAAGUAGUGGAAACUAAGUGACUGGACUCAGCAGCAUGACAGCUUUAUAGUUGCUGAUUAAAAAUAGGGGUCUGCUGUUGAUCUCUGAUUGACAUAAACUGUGCUCACUCAUGUCCUUCUGGACAGAUGGACAUGGUUGGCAGGUUCUGAAUGUACAGGGGAGCCAGUACUGAAUUGGAAUGAUGAUGCCUUGGCAGAGGGAAAACUCUCUGAAAUCAAAGUCAUCACAAGAAAGAACCUACAAACACUGAACAGCAGUCUGCAGAGGAGGACAUUUGGCAUCCCUGGUGAACUUUGCCUUUUCCCUUGACCAUUAUAGAGUGUAUAAAUUGUGUUUGCAAAAUAUAUCAUGAUGUGUAUAUCCUAAAACUAUUACAGACUUAUGGAAAGGGACUUAGAAAAAUGCUGAAUGUAUGAAGGUCCCAUUUUCAAUUUCCACCAUGGGAAAAAAAUAAAAAUAAAUUAUGUUAUUUAGUAUCUAAGCUUAGACCAUCACACCCACAUGCUCAUAUGGGUGCUGAAAACUAGGUUACUUGGCUUUUACAAGAAUACAAGGAAUCAGGAAACUCUAGUUAUUUAUAGUAUAGCCACCAUUAUCUGUUUAAAGGAACCAUUUAUUUAAAAUCAGACACUAUAUUCAUUAAGGUUUAUGAAUUAAAAAUUAAAAAGAAAGAUUUAUGUAGUUAUGCAUGACAGUUUG